AUGAUUGCAAGAGUUAGCAAAAGGCAAUCACAAUAUCAACCUUUAAUCAAAAGACUAUCCAACAAUAGUAGUAGUCAUGUAUCUACUAUUUAUGGCAUAAGAUAUAUACAUUUAAGGUCUUUCUGGCAACAAUAUAAAAUAACAAAGUUAGAACACUUGAAUAAAAUUGAUAAUUUAGAGGAUAUCGAUCCACGGUUAAUUAAAAAAUUAAUUGAUGAAAGAACAGAUUUAUUGAAUGCAGAAAAUGAAUUAAAGAUGUUAAAACAAUUGGAUCAGGAACAGAACAUAAUUAGGAAAAAUACUUUAAAACCUUUUAUCAGACCUGCCUGGAUACUUUUUUUGAUGAGCUCUACUGUUUAUAUGGGAUGGCAAUUUUAUUGGUGGUAUUGUGAAUAUGAUCGUAGGGAAGAUGAAUUGCAAAAGGAAAUAAAUAACUUAGAGGAGCAAUUACAACAAUUAUUAGAUGCAAAAUCCGGUUUAAAAGCAGCUGGAAAGCAACCUUGGUAUAAACGAUACUUUUGGUUCUAA